AUAUAGUAGUUGUGGAAUAAAUAAUUUUAUUAAGGGGGAAAACAAUCACAAUCUUUAUAUUGUCAUAAUUAAUUAGUAGCAAUUAAUUAUUUUCAAUACAUUAGACAAAGCGACAAUAAUUGACUUGAAAAUUGUAUAAUUGUUUUAUUUGGGACUCUUUGCCUUUAAAAGUUAUUUUUUUGGCCUAGUCAAUACAGAAAAUUUGAAUUUGAAGAACUUUUUAUUACUAUUUAUUUUAUUAAAGAAUAUUUUUCAAGAAUUUUCUGAAUAAUACACAUAAUAUUGUUGAUUAUGAGCAUUUAUUUAAAUUAUACCUUGUGUAUAUUUCUUAUCAGCUGUGUGUAAUUUUGACCCGACUGAAGAUAAACAAAAGUUAAACAAGCUUCCCCGUCAGCUGAUCUCUGAACCUAUAGAGCAGUAGCAGACCAGUACAGCAGGCACCAGUGUUUUUUUUUCAGUCUUGCAGCAUCUCUCCGGGAAAUGGCUUCGCAGGGCAAUCCCGGGGCUGAGUUAGACUACGACGAGGAGGGCGAGGUGCUGGACUUCCAGCCAGGGCAGAAGGCGAAGGUGCCCCAGCUCUCGGUCGAGGACGUCAAGGCGUACCUGGAAGAGGAGAACUACGAAGAGAACCUGAAAGAGAAGGAAAAGUCGGAUCCGAGCAUAUUCGGCUCGUGUCGGAAUCUGUCGGCGGACGCUCACGACGAUUCGACCACCUUCCAGAGGGUCUCCAUCGCCGGCGAGGUCACCUGCAGAGUCACGAAUGACGAGGUAUGCCACGCCUCCAAGAUGCUACUCGAGGCCCUCCACAUGAGAAGGAGGUACAUGGACCUCUCCCAGCAGUUCUUUCCGAUUACGACUUCCCGAUUUUUGGACAAUGGAGCACAAGGUGGGCAAAAUAUCCACGACAGCAGCAAGUACAAAGAGGACGACAACCGUCCCGUAUACACUCCGCAGAUCUCUAACCCUUGGGAAAUCGAAUUUCUUCCGUCCGCGAAGAACAUGGUCAAGGCGAGGAACGGAGUUUUUGAGGUCUACCAGGACGAAACCUCAGAACAACCUUUGAACUUCCCUUAUCCGAGACUGGAAACUUACAUUGCGGACAUGUGCCGGUUGUCGAAUUUCAUCGAGGACGGCCCGUUGAAGUCGUUCUGCUACCGCCGUUUAAUCUUCCUCUCAGCCAAAUUUCAACUUCACGUCCUUUUGAACGAAGGAAGAGAGCUAGCGGCACAGAAAGUCGUCCCUCACAGAGAUUUUUACAACAUCCACAAAGUCGACACUCACGUCCACGCUUCGUCGUGCAUGAACCAAAAACACUUGUUGAGGUUCAUCAAGAAAACCCUUAAGAAUUCCAAAGACGAACCGGUGAUGGAGUCGAAAGACGGCACGACGCUAAUGACCCUGCAGAAUGUAUUUCAGUCCAUGAACCUCACAUCUUACGACCUGACAGUAGACAGGCUAGACGUCCACGCUGACAGGCACACAUUUCACCGGUUUGACAAAUUCAAUGCGAAGUAUAACCCAAUAGGUGAAAGCAGGUUGCGCCAGGUCUUUCUGAAAACCGAUAACUACCUCAACGGUAAAUAUUUUGCAAGAAUUAUCAAAGAAGUCGCAUCGGAUCUGGAAGAGUCUAAGUACCAGAAUGUCGAGCUGCGUCUCUCGAUUUACGGUAAAAACAUGGACGAGUGGGACAAGCUGGCCAAGUGGGUCAUCGGCCACGACGUCUACUCGGAAAACGUACGAUGGCUCAUCCAAGUGCCGAGGUUGUUCGACGUUUUCAAAACCAACAAGCUCCUGGACAACUUCCAGCAAUUCUUGGACAACGUGUUCUUGCCGCUCUUCGAAGUCACGAACGAUCCUCAUUCCCACCCGGAGCUCCACAAGUUUUUAAAGUACGUCGGCGGUUUCGACUCCGUCGACGAUGAGAGCAAACCUGAGAACCCUCUGUUUGACAAAGAUGUAGAGGUCCCAUCAGGUUGGGCUACUGAGGAAAAUCCACCUUACGGAUACUACCUUUUCUACAUGUACGCCAAUAUAACGGUACUGAACCAUUAUAGGAAGAGCAGAGGGUUGAACUGUUUCUCUCUCAGGCCUCACUGCGGCGAAGCGGGCCCGGUGCAGCAUCUGGUCUCCGGUUUCCUUCUUUCAGAAAGCAUAUCCCACGGGCUCCUUCUGCGCAAAGUACCAGUACUGCAGUACCUCUACUACCUCUCGCAAGUCGGCAUAGCCAUGUCGCCGCUGAGCAACAACCUCCUGUUCCUCAACUACCACCGGAACCCUCUGCCGGAAUACCUCGCGCGCGGUUUGAACGUCUCGCUAAGUACGGACGAUCCCCUCCAGUUCCACUUCACGAAGGAGCCGCUCAUGGAGGAGUACAGCAUCGCCGCUCAGGUCUGGAAGCUAAGCCCGUGCGACAUGUGCGAAUUAGCGAGGAAUUCGGUCCUAAUCAGCGGUUACCCUCACGACACGAAGAGGUAUUGGCUCGGCAACGAAUACACGAAGGAAGGAGUUGCCGGAAACGAUAUUUCAAAGACGAACGUGCCUGAUAUUCGCAUCGCUUACAGGACUGAAACGCUCAUGUCCGAGCUAUCCAACAUCAUCGGCGCACCCGACGCCAGCGCUUGAUACAUUUUGUAUCAUUUUUAUUUACUCAAUAAAUCGAUUUAUUACAUAA